AAAUAAGUUAGGGAAUCUUGGAAAAAUUCACGAUAAUUUUUCCAAGAUAAAACUACUGUUCCAUCAUCAAGAGUCAAGACAUUGUCCUUGAUUGACCAUGUCGAAAGCCUUUAAGCAUUCUUUCAAUUUCUCCACACAACAUGAAGCUUCCUACCCAAAAAAACACUUCGCAUCUUCCAAUAAUAAGCUCAGUUUUAAGUCUUGCAAAGCCAGCCUUGGGGCAAUCAUGGUUGACAAAAUGUCCCCCUUCAAUUACGAUCGCCAAAGCAACCUGAAAGCUUUCGAUGAUACAAAAACCGGUGUUAAGGGACUUUUUGAUUCUGGGAUCACAAAAAUUCCUCCAAUCUUUGUCCAUCACGAUGGCCAAAAUGCUAAUCAGAAUAUGGCCAAAUCAGUCCAUGCAGGGAAGAAAGUCAACGGCUUUGGUGUUCCAACAAUUGAUUUGAUGAUGGAUAGGACGAAUGACCAUAUCAACCAUUCUGAUAUUGUGAAUCAAGUUCGAGAAGCUUGCGAAAACUGGGGAUUUUUCCAAGUCAUUAAUCAUGGAAUUCCUACUAGUGUUCUAGAGGAUAUGUUACAUGCGAUACGAUUGUUUCACGAGCAAGAUCAUGAGGCGAAAAGCGAAUUGUACAGCCGGGAUAUGGCUAGGAAGGUUUUGUAUCAUAGUAAUAUUGAUCUUUACUAUUCAAAAGCAGGUGUUUGGAAAGAUACUAUUACUUUCAACAUGGAGCCUUCUCCACCACAACCUGAAGAAAUUCCCAUCAUUUGCAGGAAUGCUGCGAUUGAGUAUGGAAAAUAUGUGAUGGAAUUAGCCGUUGACCUGUUAAGGUUGAUCUCAGAGGCUUUAGGACUGAAUCCUAGUUACUUGCAAGAUUUAGAAUGUGGUGAAGGUCAUGUGCUAAAGGGGCAUUAUUAUCCACCUUGUCCUGAACCAGAGUUGACUUUUGGUACCGCUGACCACACUGACAAUACUUUCCUCACAAUACUCCUUCAAGACCAAAUUGGUGGUCUUCAAGUAUUGAAUAAUAAUCAAUGGGUUGAUGUCCCUCCUUUGCCAGGAGCUCUGGUCAUCAAUUUGGGAGACUUGCUGCAGAUUGUGACAAAUGAUAGAUUCAAAAGUGUCCAUCACAGAGUACUUGCAAAUAAAAUUGGCCCUAGAAUAUCAGUGGCAAGUUUCUUUAGGCCACGAUAUGGUGGAGGUGCUGUGACAAGAUCUUAUGGACCAAUCAAAGAGUUACUGUCUGAAAAAAAUCCCGCUGUUUAUAAAGACAUCACUAUUGAAGAAUACACAACCCAAUUCCUGAAAGAAAGCAUGGAUGGAAACGCCGCAUUGUCACAUUUCAAGCUGUGAAAUGUUUUCGUUUCUUUUUCGUUUUGGUCAUGAUUUAAUCUCUCGACAGUAUUCUUUCCUUCUCAUAUUAAUAGUCAGAUUUGUUAAAUUAAAAGGUGAACAAAGUAAUCUAUUCAUAUGAGGUGGGAUGAGUGUUUAAAGUUGUAUCCGAAAUUUACAUGUUGCGAAUAUGACUUUUUUAUUUUUUUCCAUAUUAUCGAUUUCUCUCCCGAA